AUGGGCCGUAUUUUUCACAUUUUUCUUCUUCUUCUGGCCUUUCACAAGAUAAACCCAUCAUCUCUUUCAUCUUGUGUCGCUGGAUGCUCUUGUUCUAAAGACAAUUUUGGAAGGAAUUUGCUCUGCAUGUCUGCACUGCUGACAAAGAUCCCUGAAAACAUACCUCAAGACAUCAGAAAAAUUAGAAUAGAAAACUCUCACCUAACAGAAUUGCCUCGCGGUUCGUUUUCAAAUGUCAGUGCCUUGGAGUACCUUUGGCUCAAUUUUAACAACAUCACGGUUAUGCACCUGAAGAGCCUAGAAGAUCUACAGGCCUUGAAGGAGCUCCGGUUGCAAGGAAACAAAUUAAGCUCAGUGCCAUGGACAGCAUUUCAAGACACCCCAGCUCUGAAAAUCCUGGAUCUGAAGCACAACCGGCUGGAUGUCCUUCCUGAACACGCACUCAGGUAUCUGGCCAACCUGACCUAUUUAGAUCUAUCCUCAAAUCAGCUUACUGUAAUUUCCAGGGAUGUCUUCUCCAGCUGGCCCAUCUACCAGAGGAGCCAGCAGGCAGGAGGGAGAAUGGACCAUACUGCCAAUGCUGUCCUGGCCCUUCAUGACAACCCAUGGAUUUGUGACUGUCGCUUGAGGGGAUUUGUCCAGUUUAUCAAAUCCAUUGGCCCACCUAUUAUUCUGAUGAAUUCUUAUUUAACUUGUUCAAGCCCGAAAUUCAGGGCAGGGAAGUUCUUCCAUGAAGUAGAGCUCAACAGCUGCAUGAAGCCGCUCACCUCAGCCCUUGACACCAACCUGACAGUCCCCGUGGGGCUGAACGUCACCCUGACCUGCUAUGUGCAAGCCAGCCCUUCUCCAGCUGUCUGGUGGACCUACGCACUCAAACUUUUAAGGGCAUUUAAUGUGUCCACGCAGCUGGUGGGCGAGGAGACGGUGCGCUCGGAGCUGCGCAUCCCGGCCGCCCGGCCCGCCGACGCCGGCAGCUAUACCUGCGCCGCCGCCAACUUCCUGGGCAACGCCUCCGUCGCCAUCGCGCUGCAGGUCGGGGCGCCGCCAGCCGCCGCCGGCACCACUGCCACCGCCGCCGCCACGGUGGGGCCCCCGGGGCCCGGCGGUGCCGAGAGUGGCGCCCAUGUGGAGGUGCGCAUCGCCAAGCAGACGGUGUACGGCAUCACGCUGGAGUGGCGCGCGGCGGCCGCCGAGCCCGGCGACACCUGGUACACGCUGCACCUGGGCCGCUACGAUGCCGCCCGCAAGGACACGGUCUCCGUGGGCCCCGGCAUCCACACCUACUCCGUGGGCGACCUGCUGCCCGCCACCAAGUACGAGGUGUGCGUGGCCGUGCGCGACCAGGUGCCCCGCAAGGGCCAGUGCGUCGUCUUCGUCACGGGCAGCGACGUCAGCCAGCUGGAGCAGCGGGAGAAGCUCAUCCACAUCGUGGUCAUCGUCUGCGCCAUGGUGCUGGCGGUGCCCGCCGGCAUGUACGCCUGCACCGCCGAGGCCCGGCCCGGCUGCCUGGCCCGCGGGCUGGCGCCCUGCCGCCGGGGCCGCCGCGGGGACCGGGCGCCGCGGGGCGGCCGCGACAGCAGCCUCGACAGCCUGCCUGCCGGCAGCGAGGAGGGGCUCUGCCGCCCCGGCUCCGGCGCCGGCCCCGCCGCCGGCACCGGCAAGCACCCGCCCCGGGCGCGCGAGGAGCCCGAGCGCCCCGGCAAGGCCCGGCCCGGCCACAGGAACAGCGCUGACCUCUACUAG